CUUAGUGCCCCUGGCACAGAAACCGCCUCUGCUGCUCGGGCCUUGCUGCUGGCGAGUUCUGAGAGAGGUCUGCAGUCAAGCCAUCAUGCCCAGAGGAAAGAAGAGUAAGGCCCGUGCUCGAGAAAAACGUCGUCAGACCCAAGAUGAGGCCCAAGGGCUAAAUGAUGCUCCGUCAAAGGCAUCAGAAAAAGCAGAGUCACUUGCCUGCUCUGAUCAAGCUUCAGGAGAUGCUAAGCCAAGCACUUCUACUGCUGACUUCCCUCAGGGUAAGGCACUCUCCACCGCUGCUAGUGAAGGCAUGGCCCAGAAAAUGUCUGGUAAAGGAGCAAAGGGCCAAGAAGAGCAAAAUGGGUCUUCUCUUAGGGCCCCACUCUCCACUAGAAGCAUGCAGAUGGAUCUUCUGACAAGGAAGACAGGAAUGCUAGUGGAGUACAUGCUUUGCAAAUACAAAGUGCAGCAGCCCAUGAAGAGGGGAGAGAUGCUCAGAGUUAUCAGCAAAAGGUUCAAGGAACACUUCCCUGAGAUCCUCAAGAAAGCCUCCUAUCGUCUAGAUAUGGUCUUUGGCAUUGAGUUGAAAGAAGUCCAGCCCAAUGGUCAGUCCUACAUGCUUGUGAGCAAGCUAGAUUUCGAGGAUGAUGGAAGUACGAGCAAUGAGCUGGGUGUUCCCAACAGGGGCAUUCUGAUCCCUCUCCUAAGUGUGAUCUACCUAAAUAACUACAGUGCUCCCGAGGAAGAGGUCUGGCAUUUCCUGAAUAUGCUAGGAGUCUAUGAUGGGGUCCCACAUCUCAUCUUUGGAGAUGUCAGGAAGCUCAUCACUGAGGAUCUGGUACAGGAAAAGUACCUGGUAUACCGUCAGGUUCCUAACAGUGAUCCUCCUUCCUAUCAGUUCCUGUGGGGCCCGAGAGCCUAUGCUGAAACCAGCAAGAUGAAAGUGAUGGACUUUUUAGCCAAGAUCAGUGAAACCAUUCCUGAGGAUUACUCAUCUCGUUAUGAACAGGCUUUGAUUGAAGAGGAAGAGAAAGCCCAAGCUGCAGCUGCAGCCAAGUCUGGCACUAAAGGCAAGGCCAAGGGACGUACUAAGACCAAGUUAAGUCGUCCUACUCACAAGUGAGGUGUAAGGUAGCCUCUGCUUUAUGAUUGAAAAGGUCUGGUCAUCUUUUUGCAAACAAGCUGUUGAUAAUGUUUUGGGGGUCUUUUUGCAAAGGUUUAACUUGGGGUUAGAAUGCAUACAGAUAGUUUUUGUAGCCCGUUUCUUCACUGCUGUUUGUCAGGUUGAAUGUUCACAUGUAGAAAUACAAAUCGGAAUUUUGUGAAUAACUUUGGUGAUGCUAAAUCAAAGUAACAUGGCAUUAAUAGAGGAAGAAUCUUGGAGACAGCAAAAUCGGGAGUAAAAUAUUUGAAAAUGGACAAGACUGA